AUGGGAUGUGUGGUGGGAACAUCGGGCAUUUCGGCCCUAAGACUCCCCGUCUUCAACCGCCAGUACUGGUGGUACCCUGCCAUUAAUUUUGAAACUGAAAGGACAGCGAUCAAAAGUGAGACAUAUAGCAAGAAGUCUGCUCUUACUGCUCUGAGAGUCCUGUGGAGUGGAGUCACCCGUCAGAGGAACAACGGCCAAUGUGCCCGGUGGUACUUCACCUUUAACGGCACAGAGUGCAGCAAUCCGGGAACCAUAGAAAGUAUCAAAUACACCCAUUACAUUGAUGCAGGAAACGUCGAUUUGCAUAGCCCAUUUACAGUACAAGGGACAUGUGUGGGUCUGCCAGCUGGGGACAUCACAUUGAAUUUUGCCGUGUCUCAUUGUUCUGGAUACAGUGGGGAGGACGCCUGCACUGGCUGGGGGAGUUCAAGCAAUAUGAUGGCAGAAGAAAUUUUCCUGGACACUUACUAA